CUUGGGUGCCCCGCCUCUUUCAUUUGGAGGGGGUCGGGCAGUGGGCCAUGACGCCAUCAGAGGGCGUCGGAAGAGGGAUGGAAAGCGUGUUGGAGAUGUUGGAGUCGCUUUUGGCUCUUGGCGGCAUGGUGCUGCUACGGGACACCGUGGAGUGGGAGGGGCGCAGUCUCUUGAAGGCGCUUAUCAAGAAAUCAGCACUGUAUGGAGAGCAAGUCCACGUCCUGGGCUGUGAAGUGAGCGAAGAAGAGUUUCGUGAAGGUUUUGACUCCAAUAUCAACAGUCGGCUGGUUUACCAUGACCUCUUUAGAGACCCUCUUAACUGGUCGAAGACUGGGGAAGCCCUUCCUGGGGGCCCCCUGGAAGCCUUGAGAGCCCUGUGCAGGAGGACAGAUCCUGGCCCUGUCACCGUUGCUCUUGAUUCCCUCAGCUGGCUGCUGCUUCACCUUCCCUGCACCACACUCUGCCAGGCCCUGCAUGCUCUGAGCCGGCAGGACCCCUGCCCUGGAAAGCAGGUGCGUGUGCUGGGCCUGCUUCAUGAAGAGCUUCAUGGCCCAGGCCCUGUGAGAGCAUUGAGCAGCCUUGCUCAGGCCGAGGUGACCCUGAGCGGGGCGCUGGGCCAGGCCUCAGCCCACAUCCUCUAUCGAAGGCCCCGACAGCACCCGACCCACCAGACUCAGCGGUUCUCCAUCCUUCCUGACUUCAGCCUGGAUCUCCAAGGGGGGCCCCUGCUAGAGCCCCAGCCCCAACCAGAUCCUCACACACCCCCGGUGGACCCCACGAAUCAUUUGACUUUCAAUCUUCGCCUGUCCAAGAAAGAGAGAGAAGCCAAAGAUAGCCUGACCCUGCCCUUCCAGUUCAGCUCGGAAAAACAGCAGGCUCUACUGCGCCCUGGGCCAGGCCAGGCUACCAGCCACAUCUUCUAUGAGCCAGACGCUUAUGAUGACUUGGACCAAGAAGACCCAGAUGAUGACCUAGAUAUUUGACUGGCCAGGACAUUUGACCAGACUGUAAUUGGAAAGGGAAGAGGGAAACCUUGGGCCCAUAACCAUCCUUCCAUUGUUUGCACUGGCCUUACCCUGUCUCUCCCCCAUCUGUGUUCCUAUGUCUAUGGAGGCCCUGCCCUGUGACCCAUGAGCCUGGGAGCAGCUUCCAAUGAGGACAGAAAGUGGGAUGGGGGCAUAAGGGAAGGUGAGGGAAUAGGAACACCACCACCCCUAAGCCUAAUAAAAAUCUUUAUUUUUUUAAUUAAAAACAAAAACUGUU